AGAGCGCACACACACACACACACACACACACACACACACGCAUCCUGUCUCCCAUAAGGCAUCUGUUUCAGUCUGUCUCUCUGUGAGAUGCAGCACCAACAGAGGAGAGAGGGAGAGACACACAGAGGGAGGGAGGGUUGAGAAAAGAGGGGACGGAGACGCGCAGAGACGCAGAGAGGAAGAGGAGGAGGAGGAGGAGGAGGAGGAGGACGGGGAAGGACUGAAAUCAUUAUUUUGUUGAAAGAGAAGACAAGUCCGACCAAGGGAGGAGGAAAUCUGAGGAGGAUGCUGCUGCCUGACUUCUGAGGAGUUUGAGCUCGGACACGACAGAGAUGCAGCAUCCGAGUGUCUGAGCAUCGUCCAGUUUGUGUGUCUCUGUGUGUGUGUGUGUGUGUGUGAAGCCAUGGCGAGUGCUCAGCCGGGGGUCCAUGCAUUGAAACUCCAGCCUCCCUCCGUCUCUCAAACACUGAGGAAUGGCAGCAACUUCAUUAAAUGGGACGAGGACCUGUCCACCGUGACUCCGGUGACUCUCCACGUGGACCCGCACGGCUUCUACCUCUACUGGACCGACCAGAACAAGGAGACCGAGCUGUUGGACCUGACCAUCGUCAAAGACGUCAGAACGGGGCGCAGCACCAAAACACCGAAGGAGACGAAGCUGCGGGAGCUGCUGGACAUCGGGAACCUGGUCGGCCGCCUGGAGAACCGAAUGGUCACCGUGGUUACGGCCUCGGACCUGGUUAACGUCAACCAGCUGAACUUCAUCGCCUCGCAGGAGGACGAAGCCAAGGUGUGGUGUGAGGAGCUCUUCUCUCUGUCUUCCAACCUGCUGAGUCUCAAUCUCAACAGAGACCAAAGUCUGUUGAAAGCGUACGUCCGUUUGACUCUGCAGCCCAACGCAGAGGGGAGGAUCCCCGUGAAGAACAUCGUUCGACUGUUUUCAGCGGACAGGAAGCGGGUGGAGACCGCCCUGGAGAGCUGCAGACUGCCCUACGGACGGGGCGACGGGAUCAAACUGGAGGACUUGACGCUGGACGUCUACAGGAGCUUUUUGGACAGUCUGUGUCCUCGUCCUGAGCUCAGCAACAUCUUCAAACUGCAAGGAUGGGGCGACGGCACGCUGUCUCUGGACCAGAUGACGGAGUUCAUCAACAACAAGCAGAGAGACCCGAGGCUCAACGAGAUCCUGUACCCGCCCCUCCGCCCGGCCCAGACGCUCGCGCUGAUGGAGCGGUACCAGCAGGACCCGGCGCAGCUGAAGCAAGGCGUCAUCACCCUGCAGGCGCUGUCCAGCUAUCUGUCCAGCGACGAGAACGGAGUCAUCCCGCCCGAGAAGCUGGAUCAGUCCGAAGACAUGAGCUACCCGCUGGCUCACUACAUCAUCAACUCCUCGCACAACACCUACCUGACAGCGGGGCAGCUGGCCGGCAGCUCCUCGGUGGAGAUGUACCGGCAGGUCCUCCUGGCCGGGUGCCGCUGCGUGGAGUUGGAUGUGUGGAAGGGACGCACCGCCGAGGAGGAGCCCGUCAUCACACACGGGUUCACCAUGACGUCGGAAAUCCCAUUCAAGGAAGUGAUUGAAGCCAUCGCAGAGUGUGCCUUCAAGACGUCUCCGUUCCCCGUCAUUCUGUCUUUUGAGAACCACGUGGACUCUUUGAAGCAGCAGGCGAAAAUGGCCGAAUAUUGUCAAUCUAUUUUCGGAGAUGCUCUGUUGAUUGACCCUCUGGACAAAUACCCCCUGGAGUCCGGCGUCCCCCUGCCGAGUCCUCAGGAGCUGAUGGGCAAGAUCCUCAUCAAGAACAAGAAGUCCCACAAACCCCCCAACGGCGCGGACACCAAGCGGCUGGCGGACCAGCCGGCCAAUCAGAGCAGCGAGCCGGCAAUCCCUAGUAACAACGCGGGAGAGAUCGAGGCUGAGAGCGAGGAAGAGGAUGAUGACGAAGAUGAUGAUGGUAAAAAGGGCUCCGCCGAGCGGGAGGCGGUGGCCACGGAGGAAAUGUCCACGCUGGUGAACUACGUCCAGCCGACCAAGUUCAACUCCUUCGAAGCGUCCAAGAAGGCAGCCCGCUGUUACCACAUGUCAUCUUUCGUGGAGACCAAAGCAUUGGAGCACCUCACAAAGUCCCCGGUGGAGUUCGUCGAAUAUAACAAAUCUCAGUUGAGUCGUAUCUAUCCAAAGGGGACCAGAGUCGACUCGUCCAACUUCAUGCCGCAGCUCUUCUGGAACGCUGGCUGUCAACUCGUGGCCCUCAACUACCAAACGAUAGACCUGUCCAUGCAGCUCAACCUCUUCAUGUUCGAGUACAACGGGCGCUGCGGCUACAGGCUGAAGCCGGAGUUCAUGCGCCGCCCCGACAAACACUUUGACCCCUUCACAGAAAACACGGUGGACGGCAUCGUGGCCAACACCCUCUCCGUCAAGGUGAUCUCCGGCCAGUUUGUGACUGAGCGGCGGGUGGGGGUGUACGUGGAGGUGGACAUGUUUGGGCUCCCCGCGGACACCAGGAGGAAAGCGCUGAAGACCAAAACCUCCCAGAACAACAACGCCGUGAACCCGGUGUGGGACGAGGAGCCCAUCGUCUUCAAGAAGGUGAUCCUUCCCACUCUGGCCUCCCUGAGGAUCGCUGCCUUUGAGGAAGGAGGGAAGUUCAUUGGUCACCGGAUUAUUCCGGUUUCCGCCAUAAGGCCAGGUUAUCGGUACAUCAGCUUGAGGAACGAGAAGAACCAGCCUUUGAUCCUACCGGCCGUGUUCGUCCACAUCGAGGUCAAGGACUACGUGCCGGACACCUUCGCAGAUGUGAUCGAGGCUUUGUCCAACCCCAUCCGAUACGUCAACCUCCUGGAGCAGAGGUCCAAACAGCUGGCGGCCUUGACCCUGGAGGACGUGGAGGAGGAGCCACAGACGGAGGACGAGGCGGACAGCUGUGCAGAGCGUAAGAGCGACCUCAGACCGCCUCCGCUGGAGAACGGGCUCAGCCCCGCCUCCGGCCCCGCGGGCCACGCCCCCAUGGCCACCACGCCCAAAGCUGCCGCGGCCAAUCAGCAAGCAGCCGUAACAGAAGCAUCCAAACCAGCUGCAAAGAGUGAAGACCUGGUUUUAAGUGUUUUGAUAGACGUGCCAGUGUGCACCAUCGAGGGUCUGCAGCAGUCAAAGGUCUACCAGAAGGAGCAGAGACGACAGUUCAAAGAGCUGAAGGAGCUGGUGAGGAGGCACCAGAAGAAACUCUCCGAGCUCCUCCGGGACUUCAGCAACAAGCACAAGAAGGUGGCCCGACAGUGCAGCAAGAGCAGGGCUUCGUGCUCGGAGAGCGACAGAGACGAGCGCCUGCAGCAGCUGAGAGACGAGCAGCAGCAGCAGCUGCUGGCUCUGAGGCAGGAGCAGUACUACAGCCAGAAGUAUCUACAGAGGGAGCACAUCAAGAUGCUGACGGAGCGACUGAGCAGCCUGGCGGAGGAGAGCCACAGCGGCCACAUGAAGAAACUCAAAGACGUCUGCGAUAAGGAGAAAAAAGAGUUGAAGAGGCAGAUGGAUCGAAGGAGAACGGAGAAGAUCAACCAGGCGAAGACCAAAGAGAAACAUCUGGCCGAAGAGGAGAAGAUGGAGAUCAAUAAGUCCUACGUCAACGAAGUCGUCCAGAACAUCAAGCGGCUCGAGGAGACGCAGACGAAGCGCCACGACCAGCUGGUGGAGCAGCACAACGAGCUGCUGCAGGAGAUCCAGGACCAGAAACCCAAGCUGCAGGGAGCCGUGGAGGCAGAGUUCCAGGAGAAGUUCCAGUGUUUGCCCGGAGAGAUUGAGGACUUCCUCCAGGACAGAAAGACGGAGGUCAGAGGUCACAGCAGGUCGCGGCCGUCGACCCCACACGAACCUCUGUCGGAGGAUGACUGAGAAGAAGAAGAAGAAGAAGAACCGAGAAUCAAUUAAAGUGCAAAGGAUCAAAACACACGGACGUAAGAGGGGAAACGUUGAUGGAGGAAGAGAAGAUCAUGAGACUGUUACUUUUAUUUCUAUUUGAAAGAAGGUUUUACGGAUUUAUUUGUUAAUUCCUGUCCAGCAUGCUGUAAUCAGAACACUUUUACUCUAAUUUACCGUCAUUUGUUAUUUUGAGAGGCGACUGAAACCCAACAGUUUAUACUGCAUGACAACCCUAUCCAUCCAUCU